AUGGGUGGCGGCAAAGAUAUUCGCCGCGGUCUGGAGCCAUUGGAAUUCGAGGAAUGUAUCGUUGAUAGUCCAGAGUUUCGUGAUAAUUUAAAUCGUCAUGAGAAAGAAUUAGACCACACCAGUAAUCAAAUAAAGCGCAUUAUUAAAGAAGUCAAAGAUCUGAUGAGUGCGGCUAAAGUGCUGUCUACUCGCAUGAAACAGUUGGCGAUUUUGCUGAAUGAUUUUAAUUUCGAGUGCAUUGGCACUGCUCAGACCGAUGAUGAAAAUGUGAUUUGUGAGAGCUUGAAGCGUUUCGGUGCCAUUAUUGGAACCAUUGAGGAUGAGCGUGAGAAAAUGCUAACACUCGCCGAUAAGCACAUUAUCGAAUCGCUUGAGGAUUUUCGCAAGAAACAAAUUGGCGGCGUUAAAGAAAACAAAAAGAAAUUUGACAAAAAGACGGAGAAAUUUUGUCAGUCGCAGGAGCGAUUUUUAAAUAUGUCAACCAAAAAGCCGGAAAACACUAUACAAGAGGCCGAUGCCAGCUUGGGCAUGCAUGAGCGCGAAUAUAUACAGGAGUCGCUCAGCUAUGUGCUCCGCAUCCAGGAGGUACAGGAACGAAUAAAAUUCGAAUUUGUGGAAAUUUUAUUGGCGUUCAUUUCCGGCUGGCUUGUGUUCUAUCAUACUGCACAUGAACAAGCAGAAGAUCAUCGCGAUUAUCUGCAGGAUUUGAGACACAAGGUGCAAAAGACGCGUGAGAACUUUGAGGAAGCACGGGAAAAGGUUACUGAGCUAAAAACCAAGUAUAUGGAGAAACGUACGAAGUCCGAAGAGACCUUCACUAAACGCGGAUACCUUUUCUUGAUGGAAAAAAGUUCCCUUUUGAAAAUCUCCCUUUUAGAGCCUUUCAAAGCAACAUGGACAAAGUAUUAUUGUACAUUCAAGAAACAAAAACGCGAGUUUACUAUGCUUCAGUUCAAUCAGAUGAAUCACAGUUUUACACGUCCCGAGUCGCGUGAAGAUGAAAAGCUCACUCUGUCUUCGUGCCAACGCCGCGCUUCGGAGUUUGAGAAGCGCUUCUGCUUCGAUCUGACGUUUAAGGAGAAGCCGGGUAUUGUGUAUACAUUUCAAGCGCUAAGUGAGAAGGAUCAUCGGUCGUGGCUGUGCGCCAUGGAUAGCACAGAGCCAUCUUACUCGGCGCCCGGAAAGAUGAAAACCAGCGAGGCUUACCAACUGAAUGAGGCGGGCUUUAUGUUUGUGCGACGCUGCAUUCAGGUGCUAGAAAGUCGUGGCUUGGAGGAUGAGGGUAUCUACCGAAAGAGCGGCGUAGGUACUAAGAUCAAUAAGCUGCUGGUCUUGGGUAUGGAACGCAAAGACACCGACGAUGUUUUUUGUGAUGAUAAUUAUCGUGAUCUAAUGGAAAGCAAUACGAUAGCAAGUGCACUAAAGAUGUAUCUGCGAAAUCUAAGCGAACCUCUGAUGACGUAUCAUUAUCAUAGUAGUUUUAUUGAGGCAGCAAAAAAAGAUAACCUCAAUCAGCGGGUAAAUGAGGUGCACAAAUUGGUACACAAGCUCCCACAGCCAAACUUUGAGAUGUUAGACAUUGUUAUACGGCAUUUGACUGAAGUCUCGCGAAAAUACGAGAAGAAUAAAAUGUCUGUUUUUAAUCUGGGCGUGGUAUUUGGUCCUACGCUGCUGCGCCCACUCGAAGAGACCGUUGCCGCCAUAUUGGACAUUAAAUUUAAUAACAUAGUCAUUAACAUUCUAAUCGACAAUUACGAGCGCAUUUUUAAGAAUGAUCCAAGCCACACAGGCAGUGCGGUAGCAGUUGCCAGCGUACAUCAAGGAUCUUGUAGUCCGCCCACGCGCAUGCCGCGCGCUUCGCAGGUUGCCAAAGCGGCGUCCACGGGCGGUGGUGGCGGGGGCGGUGGCCGCACAUCUAUGUACUCGCCGCAGCAGAAAGUGUAUCGGGUUGUGACAAAAUCGAACUAUACCGAACCACCCAUAUCGUCGAGUUUGCAAAAUAUUCCAAAUGGUAUGAUUUAUUCACACGGAACCACCAAUAGCAGUAGCACGCCGCCAGGUAGCGGGAGCACGAAUGGAGGUGGCGGAGCUAGUGGUGGCUCCUCAUUAACUGUAUCGCCACAUACCAACAAAGGUAGCGCACGAUCCUCACAAAUGGGUAGCAUGAAAAAUCUGCAUGUUGUGACACAGAAUGAUAUGAGCAGUAGGCGUACAGGGGCCAGCUCUGAUGUAGCGACAUCUGCAGCCGCAGCUGUCUAUGGAAUUUUGGGUGUCAGUGCUAGCACCAAUGGUGGCAAUGCAGCCUUGCAAUCCCACCAUGCCAAGCCAGCAACUGCGGCAACCAAUUUGCGACACACGGACUUCCUGAUGACUACUGCCACACCGGUAACUCAGUCGGCCUCCAGCUGCCACAUCUAUACGAAUGUAACAAAUGUUGCAUCGAGCGGUAAUCGUGUAAGUCUGAAUAACGUUUCCCCGCCCACGGCUGCCACCCGAAAGGAACGAUUGCUGGGUAUAGCUGGAAGUACCAGCUCUGGCCCACAACAACAUCCACCCGUGCACCGCAGCAACUUUUCCUAUGGCCAGCCAAAGCAUUAUUCACCUGUGGCUGCCGCCUCCACCUCCAGCUCGAACGAGAGUGUUUGCGAUUCGCUUAGUUCGAACAACGGAACAAGCGGAGGUGGUGGUGGGGCGUUGUUGCCUGCGAGUGGUUCAAGUGUGCCGAGAUUACUGAAUCCACGGAGCUCCAUAGACUAUGCAGCCAUUUCAACUCAAGCGCCAUCGCUCGCCACGCUCCUGGGUUCCACGAGCGAUGAUAUUGUGACAGCCACUGCAGCUCCUUCAAUGAUUACUAAUGCUGGCAUCGGAAGCUUGAGCGGUAGCGGUAACACGAACGACAGCGCCGAUUUUGCACCCACUAAAGUCCAUCGCAACCGGGACAUAAAUCAAAUAAAGCGCGAUCUCUCCGCAGGCACGGCACGUGUUCGCACCCUUUAUGCCUGCAUGGGUGAGAGCGAAGGCGAACUAUCUUUUGAACCAAAUCAAAUUAUAACCAAUGUGCGCUUCUCACAUGAGCCCGGAUGGCUGCAGGGCACACUGAAUGGGAAGACGGGCCUGAUACCCGAAAACUAUGUAGAGCAUUUGAAGCCAUACCAUUAG